GAAGGUGUGGUUUGAAGAUCGCAAUCCCAAAUCAAAGCCAUCUGAGUUUGGAAAAGAGGGAUUUGAUUAUAGGAAAUGGACAAGGUGAUGAUCAAAACUCUUAAGUAAAGCCUAGAAAGCAAAUACGAAGUGUGAGCUCAGAGCUGCUCACUAUUUCAACAGCAACAUGUGGAGGAGACGCGCUCAAGUUUCCUGAUCACACAGAACAAAGCAGCGCGAGCGCGAGCCAAAACAUGACGCGCGCCCGUGUUUGAACAAUGUGUGGAUUAUUACCGUUGCUGUUAUUAUGAGUGGCCAUGGCGUGGUGUGACCGUGGGAUUCAGAUGCUACUGGCCACCGUCGGGGCUUUUGUGGCGUUUAGUUUGAUGAGCAUCGCGAUCGGGACCGACUACUGGCUUUAUUCUCGGGCAUAUAUCUGUAACGCCACCAACAUCAGCACGGACGACACGCAGGCGCAACCCAAGAAGGUCCGCGGAGAUCUCACGCACUCCGGGCUCUGGAGGAUCUGCUGCAUAGAGGGUCUCAACAAAGGAAGUUGUUACCGAAUCAAUCAUUUCCCAGAUGAUAAUGAUUAUGAUACAGACAGCUCUGAGUAUCUCUUACGUAUUGUGCGUGCCUCCAGUGUGUUCCCCAUCCUCAGUACCAUUCUGCUGAUGCUGGGAGGGCUGUGUGUUGGGGUGGGACGCAUCUACAGCAAGUGGAACAACAUAUUACUCUGCGCAGGGAUACUGUUUGUGGCAGCAGGUUUGAGCAACAUCAUCGGUAUAAUUGUCUACAUCUCCAGCAACGCCGGUGACCCCAGUGACAAACGUGACGAAGACAAGAAGAACCAGUAUAACUACGGUUGGUCAUUCUACUUUGGAGCGCUCUCUUUCAUUGUGGCCGAGGCAGUGGCUGUUCUGGCUGUCAAUAUCUACAUUGAGACGAACAAAGAAGUACGGUUCAAAGCACGCCGUGAGUUCAUCAAGUCUACCUCGUCCUCUUCGCCGUAUUCCCGCAUACCCAGCUUUCGCUACCGUCGACGGCACUCGCGCUCCAGCUCUCGCUCCACGGAAGCAUCCCGUGAGGCAUCACCCGUGGGCAUGAAGAUGAUGAGCUCGGCUCCCAUAGGAGAGAUCAACAUGUACACAUUGACAAGAGAUCCCCUCAAAUCAGGGACGGACAGCUCCUACAGCCCUGACCACGAUUCUGGAUUCCUCCAAGUGCACAACUGCUUUCCCAAAGACCUUAAUGAUGGUAUCAACAGGAGGACAACACCUGUAUGAGGGCACACAUUGGAACGGAAGAGAUCAAGUUAAGGCCAUACUGAAUGGAUAGCCAGCGGGGCCUCAGUGGCCUGUGGCGGGUGCCAGAGGAAGCAAAACUCAUUGAUGAAGCCAGUAGACCAAUGACGUCUGUUAUCGGUGAAGGAGAAGCACUGUGUUAAGAAGAAAAGAUUUGAUCUCGGCAUUCAACAAUCAUCGCGAACACGCUAAUUUGUUUUUCUUGUUGUGUUGCUUCUCACAUAUAAACAAUAACUCUCAGAGAGACCUAUCUCUCAUCAAAGGGCAAGACACGCAAAUGUAAAAUGGAUGAUCUUUUGACAAUAUGGCGCAGUGCUUCAGAUAUUACCUUCGUGUAAGCCAGUCCUUUCCCUUGGUUGAGAGUAAAUACAGUGCCAUACUCUCAAUGUUUACCAAUAUGAUAAUGACUCUCACAGUAUGAGAUGGUGCUAAUGUAGACUCACAGUUGAAGCCUUCCCAUUAUUAUGUGUUCAGUACAGACCCAAGUUGAAUAAUGAAUGCCCUUGUUUGUGUCAUAUGUCUGUAGCCACAGUUGUCUAGCCCUAUUCAGUGUGCUUAUCAUCUUGGCAGUGUCAACUGCUCAACUACUCUGGAGCUACUUUGUAACAGUGAAAAACUGUAUUCCUGUUAUUUAUUUUUUUGCUGUACAACUAGAAAUAUCAGUUGAAAUAAUCACUGGAAUUACUAAAUGAGCGUUGGAAUUUAGAUUUAUAUCUACUAAUUGUGUAUAACUCCCCUGCUGAAAAGACCAGCUUGGAUUUUCAUAAUGUUCUGACUGGUUUGUGCUGGUUGGGUGCUUUCCUAUUUGGUUUAAAAGCUUAGUCAUGAUGUUAAUCAGCAAAAAUAUUGCUGGUUAAAGUAAGCAUGAAAUGGCAUUUUCAACCCAUUAUACUGUCAUCAUGUAACAUAUUUCUGAGUGAAAUAUAGGGCUGGACUUGAUGUUAUCCAUUGGGAACUGAUUGGAUUCUGAAAAGUGGACGGAGCAUGAGUAGAGCCAGACUAGUGGGUGAAACUUACAUGACUUUGAUGACAUCAGCCAAAAUGAAAAAUGGUUUCAGCUGCAUUUUUGAAAGAUUACAAAGACUAUGAAGGAUUAUAAAGACAUUUUUUGAGUCAAUCAGAAUAAUGCACAAUAAGACCCAGGGAUGUGCUUAGCACCAGCAUCCAAAACAUAUGAUGGUGACCAGCUCUGAUGAUCUUUUCUGCAGGGAAGUAUAGCAGUAUUCAACAGGCCUCAAGUUUUAUACAUCACUUUGAAUUCUGACUGCCAUUGAUGGUCAAUAAGAGUCAGUAGUUAACCAGACUCAUUGCUUUCCAUUGUGAUUCAGUCAAAUAGUGAAGUAAUUCUUCAGCCUUCAUCUCCAUCGAGGGGUUUCACCUCUACUUAAAUGCUUGGUCUUUGCCUGAAUGUGGGUUAAACAUAGCCACUCCUUCUCGUGAUGGCUGUGCCGUGUCUGAAUGGGGCACCUUUGGGGAUCUGACAUUGAGUCCGCUGAUAAAAGGAGUAUUGAGAAAUGUCAGACAUACAGAAAUGAAAGACAAGUUUUGAGCCGGUCAGCCCUGAGAAGCAUCUCAGCGACUGCUGAUAAGUAUCUAGGGCAGAGCAGUAUGAAAGACAUCAGUGUGGCCAGUCCAGCCCUUUAGAAGACCAUUCGAAGUGUCUUAGCCUCACCAGAGCCUUAUGCCUGGAUUUCUCUUUGAGCUGACAAUAUAACCUCAUCUCUCUUCUUUGUUACUGCUGGUUUUUCUCUCCCAUCUCGCGUCCUUAGUGAAGAGUCAAUCGCUUUUUCCCACUAAGGUCCCAGAAGACUGCAUUAUCCGUGUGAGUGGUCAAAUCCAUGUUGCUAAAAGUGUUUCCUCACAAAAGGAGAGGUCGCAAAAAGAUGUAAAUAUCUGGUAGGUGUUUCACUAAAUUGAAGCAUUUACAGCUACCUUUUCUUAGUAAAGCCAUUUUGACACAAGCUUUUGAGCCAUAGCUCUUUGUAGAAUGGUGUAUGGUGGGUAGAUGUAAAUGUUUGCAUGUUUUCCUCUAAUCCACUGACUUUGUGUGCUUUUAACAGUAUUAUUAACAGGAUGACUUCAGGAUGCCUCACUGCCAAGCAUCACUCACUAUAAAUACCAGUAAUGUUCUCUCUGUUCAUCGAGGAAGGCAUUUUGUCCUUCUGGUUUUCUUGAUUUGCUAAUGUUGUUCUCAGUAUUUCUCUGUAUCACGGACAAAGCUGGCAUAUCGUUGCUCACAUUAUAAAUAAAUUAAAUUGAGGUACGGUGUCUU